CGUUUGGGCGGUGAGUGAUUUAACCCCUGCGGUUUGUAUCGAGGCUUAUCGUUUUCUGCGCAUGCUCAAAUUGCGACACCGACCACGUGUAGUUCCUUUCUCUUCCAUUCCGUGAUAGCAUCAAGUGUGUACCGUUUGUUUCUCCGUUACUUUCCCUGAACAACAACCACCACAAUGUCUGGCGGAUACGAGGUCCUCUCCAUGAAGGAAGAUGAUGUCACUAAGAUACUAGCUGCUGGGGCUCACCUGGGCGACUCUAACACUGACUUCCAAAUGGCCUCCUAUAUCUUCAAGACCAAGACUGAUGGCACACCCAUCAUCAACAUACGCAAGACAUGGGAGAAGCUUCUGUUUGCUGCUCGAGUCAUCGCUGCCAUUGAGAACCCCACUGACGUGUGUGUCCUCUCCAACAAGCCAUAUGGACAGCGUGCCAUACUCAAGUUUGCCCACUACACUGGUGCCUUCCCCAUUGCUGGGAGAUUCACUCCGGGAACAUUCACGAAUCAGAUUCAGAAGGCUUUCCGAGAGCCACGCCUCCUUGUUGUGUCAGACGCACGAUCUGACCAUCAGCCCAUCACUGAAGCUGCGUACGUGAACAUUCCUGUCAUUGCAUUCUGCAACAGCUCCUCCCCUCUCCGUUAUAUUGACGUGGCCAUCCCCUGCAAUAAUAUGGGCAAGCAAUCUCUUGGCCUCAUGUGGUGGCUACUGUGUAGGGAGGUACUGCGUCUCCGUGGUACCAUCAGUCGUGAGCUACCCUGGGAAGUCAUGCCUGACCUGUUCUUCUACAGGGACCCAGAGGAGGUUGAGAAGGAAGAGCAAGCUAAGGCCGAGGCAGAGAAGAUGGCUGUAGAGCAAUGGCCAGUCAGCACGACUGUACAAGACUCAGACCAAUGGGCAGACACUGUGGGAGUGCCUAGUGCUGGUGACUGGGGGGAUGAGCCUACAAUACCACCCACUGGAGCUCCACCCACUGCCCCUGCUACUACUACCGCAACCACCCCAGCUGCAACCACCACCUUCAACCAGGAUGAUUGGAUGGGUGGGGCUGGGACCACCACCACCAAGGACUGGGGUGCUGAUGAUGGCGGUGAUUGGGGGGCAGCUGAACCUCAGGCUUCGAGUGGUAACUGGUGAUCUGGUGAUCUGGUUAGUGCUAGUACUCAACACUGAUUUGGACUGAAUUGCUAUUGUUAAAAGUGUGGCUUUUGUAAAAUGAUGUUGUUUUGAUUAAUUUGAAGAACGACUAA